GCAUGCACGAUGGCAUUUCAGUCCCGUUCCGGUCGAGGAAGAGGCUGCACGCACCAGCGGGCUAAAUUGAAUCGUUUACGAGUGUAUAAUCGUGUCAUUUAAGAGGCUGUUAUCUUGGUUCUAGCAUCGGCUUACAGAAAAAGGCAUAUAGUUGUAGUUAAUUGAGUUCGUGGGUAUUGCCCUUUAUAUUUAAAAAUCGAGCGCAUCCGAGCAGUUGAAAACACAAUGACCGGAGCCAUUGAUUUACUCCUCAGUGUUCGUGGGCAUCAGCGUGUUCCGUCGGAUACGAAAGAAUUCCACGAAGCCACGAAACGUGAUGCCUUGAUGCGUUUAAAGAAGGACCUGGACCAUCUGCUUGAGACGGUCGAUGAUUCGCGGCGGUCUGGCGUUCAAAAGGAGAUGUGUGGAUUCGAGGCGCUAUACCACCGUUUUCUGCAAGAAGAUGGUCCCUCUGUGGAAUGGGAUCGCAUCGAAAAGCUUCCAGAGGGUGCAGUUAAGGAUUACACAACUCUGAAAUUGCCACAGGAAGCGCACAUCCGGGACAUGUUGGACAAGCUGGUUGUAGUGAAGCUGAACGGUGGUCUGGGAACUUCUAUGGGAUGCCACGGACCAAAGAGCGUUAUACCGGUGCGGAAUGACUUAACCUUUCUCGAUCUCACCGUGCAGCAGAUUGAGCAUUUGAACAAAAAGUACAACGCCAACGUACCAUUGGUGUUGAUGAAUUCGUUUAACACGGACGAAGAUACGGAGAAAGUAAUUCGGAAGUACAAAGGCUUUCAGGUGCAGAUCUACACUUUUAACCAAAGCUGCUAUCCACGAAUCAGUCGAGACUCGCUUCUACCUGUAGCAAAGGAUUUCGAUAUCGAAAACGAUAUAGAAGCGUGGUAUCCUCCGGGACACGGUGAUUUUUACCAAUCAUUCCAGAAUUCAGGACUGCUCAGAAAGUUCAUCGAAGAAGGUCGCGAGUAUUGUUUCCUGUCUAACAUCGAUAAUCUGGGCGCAACCGUGGACAUAAAGAUCCUAAACCGUUUAAUUGGCGAUGAUCGACAGGGAGAUAAACCGAUCGAAUUCGUGAUGGAAGUAACGGAUAAAACGCGAGCAGAUGUAAAGGGUGGUACGCUGAUAAACUAUGAGAACAAGUUACGUCUGUUGGAAAUAGCACAAGUGCCCAAGGAGCACGUGGAUGACUUUAAGUCGGUAAAGACAUUCAAGUUCUUCAACACCAAUAACAUUUGGGCUCGCCUAGAAUGUAUUGAGCGUGUGCUAAAUGCAAAGACAAUGAACAUGGAAAUCAUCGUUAACAACAAAACGUUGGAUAAUGGUAUGCGAGUGAUCCAGCUGGAGACGGCCGUCGGAGCGGCUAUGAAGUGUUUUGACGGUGGAAUCGGUAUCAAUGUUCCACGGUCCAGGUUUUUACCUGUUAAGAAAACUUCUGACCUGCUUCUAGUGAUGUCGAAUCUUUACAGUCUAAAGUACGGCUCCCUGGUUAUGUCUCCCCAGCGUAUGUUCCCCACUACUCCUUUGGUGAAGCUUGGCGAUAAUCAUUUCAGCAAAGUGAAAGAAUUUCUAAGCCGCUUUGCAAAUAUUCCGGAUUUAAUUGAGCUGGAUCAUCUUACAGUUUCUGGGGAUGUUACAUUUGGUCGAGGUGUUUCGUUACGUGGUACGGUAAUUAUCAUUGCCAAUCAUGGUGAUCGUAUCGAUAUUCCUGCCGGUGCCAUCCUAGAAAACAAGAUCGUUUCUGGUAAUAUGCGCAUUCUGGAUCAUUAGAACACUGUGACGUGUGAGUGACCGGCCAGAAGGAUGAUACUCAGGAGCAAUAGCACAAACGUGUGCAAGGAAUGCGCAAUGUGUUUUCUUAAUGUUUGGCAAAGUUAACUAGUGGUUUGAAUAAUGGCAAUACAUAUACAUUAGGACGGAUGUAAGGCUCUCAUGUUUGGUAGAUUCUUCAAUUCAUUUUUAAGUAUCCCGUCGACGUGAGCUGCAUUCGGGAUCAGGUAGAUGAAACGUUUAAAUAGUAUAAUAUGAUGGGUUUUUAGUGGUUCAAAAUUGUUAUGCUUUAGAAGCUACUAUAAAACAUUUUCCUUUUGUAUUAUGAAUGUUUGAAUAAAUCGUGCAUAACCGUGA